GACACGCUGAUUUCAUUGUCUGAGGCGGCAGUGGAGACCCAGGAAAAAAUCUUGCGGACUCCGCCUGCUCUGGCCCUGGUCUCAUCUUGGAACCUCUGAUCUCUUUCGUGACCGCACCACGCCCGAGAUGAAUCUACGUUCUGUAUUUACUGUAGAGCAACAAAGGAUUUUACAGCGUUAUUAUGAAAAUGGAAUGACAAAUCAAAGUAAAAAUUGCUUUCAGCUCAUAUUACAGUGUGCACAGGAGACUAAGCUGGACUUCAGUGUAGUCAGGACGUGGGUUGGCAAUAAGCGAAGAAAAAUGAGUAGUAAAAGCUGUGAAUCAGGAGCAGCAGGAACUGUGUCUGGUACCUCAUUGGCAGCACCAGACAUUACAGUCAGAAAUGUGGUUAAUAUUGCCCGCCCUUCAAGCCAGCAAUCUUCUUGGACUUCUGCCAAUAAUGAUGUCAUUGUAACUGGUAUAUACAGUCCAGUAAGCUCAUCAAGUAAGCAAGGCACUACAAAGCAUACAAAUACACAAAUUACAGAAGCACAUAAAAUUCCUAUUCAGAAGGCAGCCAAUAAAAAUGACACUGAAUUACAAUUGCACAUUCCUGUUCAAAGACAAGUAGCACACUGUAAGAAUGCUUCUGUGCUCCUAGGGGAAAAGACAAUUAUUUUGUCAAGACAGACAAGUGUGCUAAAUGCUGGAAACUCAGUGUACAAUCACACAAAGAAAAGCUAUGGGAGUUCUCCGGUGCAAGCUUCUGAAAUGACAGUACCCCAAAAGCCAUCUGUGUGCCAGCGACCUUGCAAAAUUGAACCAGUUGGGAUUCAAAGGUCAUAUAAACCUGAACAUGCAGGUCUGGCAUCACAUAACUUAUGUGGGCAAAAGCCAACCAUUAGAGACCCUUGCUGUAGAACACAAAACUUGGAAAUUCGUGAAGUGUUUUCAUUGGCAGUCAGUGAUUACCCUCAGAGAAUUCUGGGAGGAAGUACCACACAGAAGCCGGGCUCAGCAGAAGGAACUUGUUUGUCCAUUGCAAUGGAGACUGGAGAUGCAGAGGAUGAAUAUGCCAGAGAAGAAGAGCUGGCAUCAAUGGGAGCACAAAUAACAAGCUACUCAAGGUUUUAUGAAAGUGGCAAUUCCCUUCGAGCUGAGAACCAAAGUACAAAUUUGCCUGGACCAGGAAGAAACCUGCCAAAUUCACAAAUGGUGAAUAUUAGAGAUUUGUCAGACAAUGUACUGUAUCAAAAUAGAGACUACCAUUUGACACCACGGACCUCAUUGCAUACAGCAUCUAGUACUAUGUACAGUAAUACUAAUCCAUCACGGAGUAAUUUUUCUCCACAUUUUGUAUCAUCAAACCAACUGAGGUUAUCACAAAACCAAAACAAUUACCAGAUUUCAGGAAACCUUUCUGUGCCUUGGAUUACAGGGUGUUCUAGGAAAAGAGCACUACAGGACCGCACUCAAUUCAGUGACCGAGACUUGGCUACUCUUAAGAAGUACUGGGACAAUGGUAUGACCAGCCUGGGCUCUGUAUGUAGAGAGAAGAUUGAAGCUGUUGCAACUGAAUUAAAUGUCGACUGUGAAAUAGUUCGGACUUGGAUUGGGAAUCGAAGAAGAAAAUACCGUUUAAUGGGAAUUGAAGUUCCACCUCCAAGAGGAGGCCCUGCUGAUUUCUCUGAGCAGCCUGAGCCUGGUUCUUUGUCUGCACUCACACCAGGAGAGGAAGCUGGGCCUGAAGUAGGAGAGGAUAAUGACAGAAAUGAUGAAGUGUCCAUCUGUUUGUCCGAAGCAAGCUCUCAAGAGGAGUCCAACGAACUUAUCCCAAAUGAGACCAGGGCACAUAAGGAUGAAGAGCAUCAGGCAGUAUCCGCAGAUAAUGUGAAAAUAGAAAUUAUCGAUGAUGAAGAAAGUGACAUGAUAAGCAAUUCUGAGGUAGAACAAGAAAAUUCUCUCCUGGAUUACAAGAAUGAAGAAGUCAGAUUUAUUGAAAAUGAGCUAGAGAUUCAAAAGCAGAAAUACUUUAAGCUCCAGACUUUUGUUAGAAACCUGAUUCUCGCUAUGAAAGCUGAUGAUAAAGAACAGCAGCAGGCACUGCUGUCAGAUUUACCUCCAGAAUUAGAAGAGAUGGAUUUCAGUCAUGCCUCGCCGGAUCCUGAUGAUACCUCAUUCAGUGUGUCUUCUUUAUCAGAGAAAAAUGCCUCAGACAGCUUGUGAUUGGGAGUGGGGGAUAUGAUAUAGUCUGUUGAUUGCCUAACAGGUGUGCAUUUCAAGAUAACUGUACUGUUUCCCAAACAGUCUUCAACUGGAAAAACACAUUGUUAAAGCAGACAUAUGCUGUGAAGGAAUGACAAGAUAUAAUGGCUACAAUACAAAAAAAAAAAAAAAAAGCAUGUACAAUACUUGAAAUGGUUUGUUUUUAAAACUUAUAUAAAAUCCUAGGAAAUUGUAUGUAAUUUUGACCAACUCCACUAUGAAAUCUAUUAUAUCUGAUUUCUGAAAGAUUUUUUUUGCUUAUUCUUUAAGAAGAAUCUUAAUUUUAUCCAGAAAUAUAGAAAUAAGCAUAUCUCAACAUUACUAAGUUGGUUAGUUUUAUUUUGUAGCCAUUACAUCUUUCUUCCUACUUCAUUUUCUUAUCAUUCAUAUACAUUUUUACUCAGGAAAGUGGGCUAAAAAUUUACAACAGGCCUAAUCAUAUAUUUAACCUGGAUGAAUCCUGGGAUUUAUUUUUCAAUUCCGAUGAGAAUUUGACCUAAGAUAAUGAUUGAAAAUUGAAGCACUUACUAGAAUGUAAUUGUAAGUUAUUGGUACUCCUGACACUGAGGAGAGGGAAAAAUCCUCUGAAAAGUAGAAUCAUUGUCAAAAUGUCAAAACAUUUAAGUACAUAAAAACUGUACUUUAUAAAAAAUACUUUUAAUCUCAAUUCUUGUAUACAAUAAGUUAUAAGUGUUGAUGAGUAAUAUUCUACCAUAUAGUAAACUUAUAUAAUUGAGUCAGACAAAAUAUUGCACAAAUACUUCAAGUUUACCAACAUUUUCAUAUCUUAAAAUUUGUGAAACAGGAAAUCAAAGUAUGGCACUGGUAUUUGGUUGUUUUUAUUUAAUUCUAGACAUACAACUUUGCCACAAAGUUUACCUCAUUUCCACAUGAGGCCUGCACAAAGCCAACAAUAAUGUCAAAAAAGAAUUAUAUAUAGUACUUUGAUUGUAAAUCAAAGUCCUCUGGAUCUCUUGGAUGCUAUUCUAUGAAUACACACCUAAAAUGAGCAUGGUACCCAGUUGUUACUAUUAGUAGGUACCAAAUGGCAGCACACUGUAGACAUCUUUUUGCAUCUUCCCUUCUGGAAUACCAGAUGGUAUUACUAAGGUCUCUCUGUAGAUGGGAAAAUACUAGUUUCUGCCUAAACUCACAAUGUCAUAUAUUUGUAACUAGGUUGUGUGGAACUAUAUUACAUGAUUAAAUUAUUAUCUAUUCCUGAAAGAUGCAUGAAGCAUCUAGAAAACUGUUUCAAUUAUCAAGUUUCAGAUAUGUUUAAGUUUCUUAACUACAGCUAUUCUGAUCUCAGAAUAUUGAUACCAAUUUAUGAUUACAGAAAGGCCCUUAUUAAUCCCUUUAGCUCAGAAAUGUCCUUUCUCAUUACUAUAUACAAGUAAAGGUCACUGAUGACCAUUCAGUUCAUCAAAUGUUUGAUUUUACACUGUUGCCACACAACCUCUAUGGCUUCCUUGUCAGCAGAAAUAUUUCAGUAGUCAGCUAAUCAUGUCAUUUAGCUGAAAGUCAUGUGGUUCUUUGCAAACAACUUCUGGUAGUCCUUGCUGACAAACCAAAUUCCAUUCAGGGAAAAGACCACUGAGCAACAGAAGCUCAAACAUCUAGAUUAAGCUCUUUGGUCACAUACAUUUCUCUAUAAGAGUCCUCCCUAUAUACAACAGAUACAGAAACUAUUAUUUUAUUAUAUGGAAGAUUAAGACAAAUUUUCCUGUAGCCCAAUCUGGCCUCAUAUUUCUAAUAUAGCUGAGGAUGACUUUGAGUCCUGCUGUUCCUGACUUUGUUUCCCAAAUGCCUGGAUGGCAGAUGUGCCCCACCAUACCUAGGUACCGUUUGUUUUAGUAGGAACCCAUUUCUGGUCUCAAGUCUCUCUGUGAUCUUCUUUAGUACCAUUGAAUUUCUCUUUAAACUGCUUCAGUUUAAGACUCUUCCUAGUUGGUUUUCAUUACAGAACAAAUGAAAACAACAAAAAAAUUAUUUUCACAUCUUAGAAAUGUGUUACU